AUGACCCCAUUUGAGGCGUUAUAUGGAAUUCCCCCUCCCCAACUAGCUCUGGGACCCUACCUGCAAACUAGAGUGGCUGCAGUUGGGGACUAUGUAAAGGAAAGGCAGCAGAUAGACAACAUGUUGAAACAGAACUUGAGGGUAGCUAAGGAGAGGAUGAAGAAAUAUGUAGAUGAAAGGAGGAGUGAGAGAGAAUUCAGGGAAGGUGAUUGGGUGUAUCUGAGGUUACAACCAUAUAGGAUAGAGAAGAGGAUUGGGAAUGUAGCUUACAGAUUACAACUACCUAUCACCUCCAAGGUGCAUCCUGUUUUCCAUGUAUCCCUACUCAAGAAGAAGGUGGGUGACAAAGCCACUCCUACCCUCCAGCUACCUGAAAUAGAUGAGAAGGGGCAUUAA